CUGCGGUUGGUUGCAGUGCAGCAGCUGCGAGUAGACGUUCGGGGCAAUCGCGAAUAUUCGAGACUUUGCCUGCGCCAGUGCACAGAAUCCUUGAUAAACUCAACCAAUCCCAUGCUCGGGCAAGAUUGUAGACCAUAAUCAAGACAUAUUUACUAUGGCCACAGCUAUGUUCGCGCCCUCCCAGUACGCAAACUUCUGGCCCGCAUCCCCGUCGCCUGCCCAUAGUUAUGGCUGCACGGCGCCAGUCCCGCGACCUCAGAAGAGAAGCUUUGAUGUUGACGAACAUGACAGGGAACGGGUCCUAGCAUCGAAGAGACUGCGACAGGACAAUGAGUAUACCUGCAUGUUACCGAUCUCUGGGGGUACUUAUUCAAGCACCAAUUCUGCAGUAUCCCACGGCGUACAUGUCCCGGGCCCGGGUACCGGUGCGGAUGAUUCGCGCCGUGUCUGGCGGCAGCCCGAGCAUUGUGGUAGCAAACCAUCCACAGACGACUGCAAUUGGAGACAGUCUCCCUCCUCGUAUCCAGGCACUGCGUCGAGUACGCGGCCGACUCUGUAUGACCUUUCCACUGGGGAGGAGCUGAACCUGAGUGUCAUUGAUAAGUAUGAGAAUGACACCGUUAAUUUCGGCAACGACGAAAGCAAUUACCCGCGGCCGGCCCAUCCGAAGCUGCUCGAAUACUGUAGCCAGGACGAUCAGGCGGAGGCGAAAGCACAAAAAUAUGAGAGUACAGUGAGCCCGGUGGGGCUUUUGCGACAAACACUCAUGGCACCGGUUGAAGACUGGAUGAGUCGCGUGCGCGAUGCGGAGAACGAGACGGAGAAGAAGGGUAAGGAGUUAAUCGUGUAUAGCUCGAAUAGCAGGUUCACUGAGGUGGACGAGGAAGGAGACGUAGUGAUGGAUUAAUUGGUUAAUUGGGAGGAUCUUCGCUAGUAUACUUUCGGCAACGGUACGCAGCUGCAGGUCUACGUUACACCAGCCAAGCACAGACCGCUGUGCUCCGUACGCGUGUGUGCAGGUCGGUAUCAGGCAUCGAUAGCAAGCAAAUACAUCUCCAUAGGUACACGUACUUCCCGACAGCUCAGCCAUGCCGUUGAACAUCCUGAAGCACAAAAGUUGGAAUGUAUACAACACGUCAAACGUUGAGAGAGUUCGGCGAGAUGAGGACGCCGCUAGGAGAAAAGAAGAGGAGGAGGAAAUGCGCAUGCAAGACGCCGAUAGGGAACAACGCCUUAACAUCCUCCAUGCAAGAGCG